ACGGAAAUAAAAGUUGCGUACUUGUAAAACGUUCAAGCGAUCCUGAAAUCUCACAGUCAGCUAAAUCGUCUGUAUUUUUAUCAGACUCACUUCGUGAAUGGAAGCAUCAUUCUAUGACGAACAAAUUAUGCCCGCAACAUCGAGUUCUCAGAGUGCGACGUACGACAAAGGCAACUUGAAGCUUGAUUUUACGUCGCCGAACGCGCGGAGGCAAACUUCGCUGGAAGGCGCAUUAUUGACUUCUCCUGAUUUGAAUUUGCUAACGUUGGGUUCCCCCGAGCUGGAGAAAUUGAUAAUGGGUUAUGGAGGAAUCUUGACCACUCCAACACCGACUCAGGUGCUCAAGGGAACGUCAUCUGUAACGGAACAACAAGAAUUAUAUGCGCGAGGAUUCGUGGAGGCGCUUCAAAGAUUACAUGACCAACAACAAGAAUCAGGUGGACAAACCACUUCGCAAAGCGUUGUGAAUACAAACGCUUUACUACUGAAUGCUUUGAAUCAAUCGUUUGCCACAGCAGCGAUAAAUAAUACCACUAGUACAGUAGCAGCUACAACACCGAUGCUUGCUUCGGGCACGUCCAUAAUUUCGACGCAAUCACUUCCGUUGGUUUCGCUGUCCGGAGCGACUCAAAUUUUCCCAGACUUUCAAAGGACCUCUGUGGCUACAACACAACCCAGCACAAGCUAUGCGACAUUAAACAUACAGAACCCACCUCAGCAACCGCAGUUGGAUAACGUUAAGUUAGAAAACGAAUCUCAAGUCGUCCCCGGAACGCCGCCUCUUCCACCGAUCGACUUGGCGUUACAGGAAACAGUUAAAAACGAAAGAAAGAAGCAGAGAAACCGAGUCGCUGCUUCAAAAUGCCGCAAACGAAAGCUAGAAAAGGAAGCCGAUUUGGAAGUUAAAGUUAGCAACCUUAAGAGCAUCAAUUCUCAGCUACACACCGAAGUUUGCGAACUGAGAAAGCAAGUUUGUCAGUUAAAGAUACAAGUUAUGGAUCACGUGCAGGGCGGAUGUGAAAUCAUGCUACAAAAACAGACCUCAGGAAUAGUAGUUUCUACCUCAGCUUAGCUUGUCAAUCCGUUAAAAGAACAGUGGAUUUUGUAGAGAAUUGCUGAAAAUGUCUCGUUUACGGAAAGAAACGUUUGAUCGCUCUUUCACGACCGUCUGAUCGUGAGAGCCAGAACAGACAGAUAACCGGAACUUCGCAAUCAAACCACGUGGAGCUGAGAUUUGAGCUGGUUUUUAAAACAGGAUUGUCUAUUUAGCGAAGAAGAGAACUUCACAAAUCGAACUUAACAUAACCAUACAGUCAUGGAACGGCUUCAGCUAGGAAAAAAGUAGCAUGAUAUGUUUUCACAAACAGUUCGGUUUGUCAUUAAAAAUAUUGGAGAUUGCAUUGUAAUCCUUAUAUUACGUACUAACAGCGGAUGUUCUGUCGCGUUUGUUGUAGUUAGUUUCAUUCAUUCCCUCAUUCAUAGUUAAUUGAAAGGCCUGAGAAAUAUUCAAGGCCAGUAAUUUAUACCUAGAGUAUCCUUAUUUAUUUUACGAUCAGGAUGUCAGAAUUCGAAAGAAACGGAUGAAAGCUUUGAAAGUAAAAAUCUUAUUAUGGAAGGAACAGUUCACAUGACGAUCUGUACGUGAGCUGUGAACGGCAAUCAGGAAACCGUAUUUGCAAUAAUGUUCACAAAUAUAUAACGUUAACAGUAUAAGAAGUACAAAGUAGCAAAUAUUUAAAAGAUCUUGACUGUAAAAGGCUUCGUUCAACUAAGAAAAAAAAUAGUAAAUUCCAAUAUCCUAAGUGAUUGACUGAUAAGAUCGACUUGCAGUGUACGACAUGUGUCAAGUGCUGUAGAGUUUUUACGAGUGUUAUAAUAUAUUUCACUUUAGAAGAA